CCCGGCUCAGACACCCCCAGCUCGCACUCACUCCCGAGCUCCCCGCUCCCCGCCGACAUGAAGGUCUCUGCAGCGCUUCUCUGCCUGCUGCUCACAGCUGCAGCAGUCAGCAUCCAGGUGCUCGCCCAGCCAGAUGCCCUCAAUGCCCUAUUCACUUGCUGUUUCACAUUUAACAAUAAGAAGAUCCCCUUGCGGAAGCUGGAGAGCUAUCGAAUCACCAGCAGCCACUGUCCCCGGGAAGCUGUCAUCUUCAGCACAAAACUGGCCAAGGCUAUCUGCGCUGACCCAAAGGAGAAGUGGGUCCAGGAUUAUGUGAAACACCUCGACCAAAAAUCUCAUAGCCAGAGGACUUGAACUCUUCCAACCACACUAAGACCAAGCCAAGUAUGAGAAACAAACGACUGUUUAUUCUCCUCCAGCUUCCCCAGCUAGACCGUGGACUAAUUUUACUAUAGUUGCAAAUAGGGGGCUUUCUGUUUUGUGAUGCAAAAAUUUGUACUACGUCUUAAGUAAUAUUUAAUGUUAUUUGAAUUGUUGCUGGUUUGGGGUUUAUUUUGAAUAUUGGGGAUCUGGUUUUCAAAGCAAGGCCUUGAGCCCGUUGCUUCCUGUCAUUAGCCCCAGUACCGCCCCUCGCUCCUAACAGCAGGCAGCGGGUCUGCCUCCUGCCUAACUCCCUAGCUGUUGCGUGUGCCUACAAAACAUGGAGGUAAAAGGCCACUGCAGUCUGCGGAGUGGGGGGCGCCUUGUGGAGGGGAGGUGCAGCUAAAUAUGUUAUUACAGCAAGGAGAAUGCCAUUCGUAAGAUCGUUGACUUUUUGCAGAAAA